CCACAACAGUUUAGCUGCAUCACUUCUUCUUCUUCUUCUUCUUUGUGUUCUUCGUCUUCUUCAUUGACGUAGCAAUAGCCAAGGUUUAAUACCUCUCCCCUUCUCUAACUUCUCUUUUGAGACUUUUUUUUUUCCUUCUCAGAAGGAACAAAAAUAUGAAGUUGGUAGUGUUUAUUACUCAACUGUACGUUCUGUGCCACCUUGUCUUGGCCGAUCAGAUCUUCCCAGCUCACCUAGGUGGCACAUUUAGUCGCAGCUCUCGUGAACCAAAAUACAAGAUUGAAUUCCAUCCUGAAGACUCACCUUUUCAUCCUGAGGAUGGUCAAGAGUCUGUGGUUAUGCCAAAUGACAAUGGACAAAAUUUUAUAUGUUACUUGCCUAAGGUGGAGGAAGCCAAGAGUGGGAAGCAAGUACUUCAGCAUAAUAUAAGCAGCGUGAUUGUGGAAACUGAGAAACGAGUUAAGAUGAAGACACCAGAUGAGCUGCUUGAAGUACUCAAGGAAGAAUGCUUUAUCAGACAAGAGGGUUGGUGGUCAUAUGAGUUUUGCUAUCAGAAGAGAUUACGGCAAAUUCAUUUGGAAGAUGAGAAGGUGGUUCAGGAAUUUAUUCUGGGUAUAUAUGAUGCAGAGGCCACUGCUGCUGUCAACCAGAAUCUUUCUGACAUAUCUAGACUUAAAGAUCCACGCUCAAAAGAUGCAUACCAAAGGUAUCAUGCUCACCAAUAUACAAAUGGGACUACAUGUGAUCUUACAGACCAACAACGGGCGACUGAGGUGAGAUUUGUGUGCUCAGAGGGCAUAGCUAUGAUUAAUUCAAUUACAGAGAUAGCCACUUGCAAGUAUGCAGUUACAAUUCAGUGCCCCACACUUUGCAAGCACCCAGCAUUCCUGGCAGAGAGACCAGUAUGGCAGGCCAUUAACUGUAAUGUGCUUCCCAAGGAUUACAAGGAAACCAAAGCAGAGGAAGAAUCUAAUAUCAAGCAGAUAGUUUAGGGCGCAGACAGACAGUGAAUCUCCAUCUAAUGAUGUUUCAGAUGAUUAACAAUAUAUUGAUUCGCAGAAUCUUUGUGAAUACCAGUGAUAGUCAACCUAAUGUAUUCUUGUAUCUUCUGAUUUCUUUUGCAUUUCCCACAUGAUAGAAACAUAUUCCCAUUUCCUCUAUAACGUUGUUGUCCCUUUAGGAGAAAGGAUGAUUUUUUCUUCUACUCCGUUUACUCUGCAGGAUUUCGAAGAAGUUGAAGCUGUUGGGACCAAAUAAAAAACAUUACAUGUAUUCCACAAGCCUUGAAAUUUAUUUACCCUAAAGUUCAGUGUA